AAACUACCGUUCGCCAAGAUGACGACUAUAAUGAGCCCAGCGGAGGAGCUCAAGUUUGCCACUCAUUUCCUCCAUCAACUAGCAUCACAGCCAAUUCAGUACCAACUCAAUUUUGAGCCACCCCUCGCAAACUGCCACGCUACCCUUCCACCCGCGAGCCGCCCAUUUCCACUAAGAGAGCCUGACGAUGUGGCCACUUCCCCUGCCGCAAACGAAGUAGAAAUAAACAUCAAACCAUUAAAGGGUGGACAGGCUUUUACUAUCCGUGCCGCACGGUUAGAACCUAUCGGUGAUAUCAAAUCCCGUAUAGCCACUGAAGCUGGUAUACCCAUUGCGGCGCAACGGCUGGUCUAUAAUGGCAAAGGACUAGUGGACACAAAGACUUUGUUGGAUUACGAAAUCGUCUCUGGAGCGACCAUCCAUCUUUUGAAGAAGCCAGUUGCUGCAUCGCAGGAGAAGCAUGAGGAAGCGCCAACCGACACCGCACAUAGUCGAUCCAAAGCUACCCACACAUCAUCUACUUCACCAACAGAUGUCUUUAAAAUAAAAGGAAGGAACCCUGCUUUCUGGAAAGGAUUACGGGAAUUGACAGGGCAGCAUUUCGGACCAGAACACGCUGGCGUGGUGUUUGAUGAGUUUGUAAAGUCGUAUCAUGGCUUAUGCGGCCCAUUGACGGUCCCCGAGCGUGAUGCCCUCAAGAAAGCAGAGUCAGCAUCAGUCUAAAACUUGUGUAGCCCCCAGUACAUAGCGUAGGCCGUAGUGUCUGCCGGACAAUGCGGUUUCCGGUAGGACGAGCUGGGACCUCAUGCACAUGCGCAUUCCCGAUAGUGUUCUGUAAUGGCGAAUCUAGACUUUCUAUUAUUGCUGGUUACAUUGAUUUACAUCGGAUCGAACAUUUUCGCGUCCCACGUACACCUGUGUUGGUCCUGCCUUUUGACCUCCUGGCCCAUCGCGUUUACUAAGAAUUCCUGUGCUUUUGCUACUCAAA